GUGAGAUCCCCCGUUGUCCUUGCCGUCUCCUCCUCUCCCCGCCUGGUCGUUGUUGUUCCCUCGUGUCAUUCUCGAGUCCUAUAAAAAUGGUUUUCUCCCAGACCCUUCGUCGCGCUGCGGCCCAGUCCGCCGGUGCCUACCGUUCUCCCUUCGCUCCUAAGUACAAGACCUCUCCUAACUUCCACGGCCUGAGCGUGGGCACUGCCACCACUUACGGCAAGAUCGCCAGCACUUUCGGUGUCAGCGCUGGUGUCUUCGCUCUCUUCUUCUUCGGCGAGGUCCCUCGUGUGCGCAAGGAUAUCCUGCAGCAGUUCCCCUUCUUCGACCAGUACUUCGACCGCACGAUUGCUCCUGAGGACAACCCCUUCUAAACGAGAUUUUUUGAUCCUCCCAAGUACAUUCCUUCUGCUCUUUCCUAUACACAAGACAUUAUACAGGUAUUCUGUUCUAUCGGCUAGAUUCUGAGGAUUGCGAGACGGAGAUGUACUGUGUAGAAUAACGAUGAGAUUUUGAUCGCACAUAGACACGCCCUGCUUAAAUCUAGUGCCCUAUUAUUCCUUGAAUUCUUG